AAAACACAAAGUAAGCAUAAACAACAACAAAAUGAUGGAGAAAGCCACAGUGGCGCAUGUGGAGACGCAUCAACGGUCACAAGAGAUAUGGUUUCUUGGCGCCGCAAGAGCCUUCUUGCAAAUUCCGAAUCCGGGGAUUGUCAAAGUUUUUGUCCUAAGCAGCUUGACUACAUUCACCUCAGGAAUGGCUUUAGUCAUUGAGUGGAUCUGUCACGGAAAGAGUCACACGGGAUUCGGGUGGAUCAUCUACUAUGCAUUGUUCUUGAUGUGUCUUCCUCUUGUCAUCUUGAUCGGUCUUCAUAUUCUCGUCAGGCGCGGCUCAGAUCAGAUUGUGGAUUCAACUCCAAGCAAAGAACCGUGUGUGGUGCAGAAUCAGAGUACCGAGACGACUAAACGAACUGAAGAAACGGUGAAAAACAGCUGCCAAAGUUUAGCCGUUGUGGUUGCUCCGGAUGACAAGAAGAUGCCGAGGAUAAAACGCGCAGUGUCAUUCCCGUCUCACGGCGAAGUAAGAUCAUGUCGAACUCGUUAGCAAAUUAAAACUUAGUGUGGUUCAUUCAAAAAAAUAACUUUGAUGUGGUUAGCUAUCAGAUCGAUUCAAGAAUCUAAUAAUCUCUUUUGUGAUAUGUUUGUUAUUCAGCAUUUUAUCUUUUCCAAUAAUCCAACGACCAAUGAUCUUC